GGACUCCGGUGCACUGUGGGAUGGAAACCCGAGCGGCGCGUCGAGGCCGGACCUGGCGGCGGCGGCGGGGCCGACGGCGGCCGGGGAGCGGGGCUUAGGCUCGGCGGCCGACGAGACGCGGGCGGCGCCGCCAUGAACGCGGCGGUGGUGAAGCGGACGCAGGAGGCCCUGGGGAAGGUGAUUCGGAGGCCGCCGCUGACGGAGAAGCUGCUGAACAAGCCCCCGUUCCGCUACCUGCACGACAUCAUCACGGAGGUGAUCAGGAUGACUGGUUUCAUGAAGGGCCUCUACACAGACGCCGAGAUGAAGUCCGAUAACGUUAAGGAUAAAGACGCCAAAAUUAGCUUCCUUCAGAAGGCCAUAGACGUGGUGGUCAUGGUCUCUGGAGAGCCACUGUUGGCAAAACCGGCUCGGAUCGUGGCCGGGCACGAGCCUGAAAGGACCAACGAGCUGCUCCAGAGAAUCGGAAAGUGCUGUCUCAACAAGCUCUCCAGCGACGAUGCGGUGAAGAGAGUGUUAGCCGGAGAGAAGGCGGAAACAAAAGGAAGGUCCUCACUGACAUCAAAACCUCAAGAAUUGGAUAAUAAGAACGUGAGGGAGGAAGCGUCCAGGGCUCAUAAAGAUAAAGAGGAUAGAAGAAACUCUGAAAUAAACGAGAGACAUAUAAGCGGAGGUCGAAAACAGAAAGAGGAAUUAAAGGAAGAAAGCAAACCAAGAGAAAAGGAAAGGGACAAGGAAAAGGCCAAGGAGAAUGACCGAGACAGACACAAAGAUCCCGAGAGAGACAAGUACCACGAAGGGGAGAGAGAGCGGGCCAAGAACAGGGCCCGGCCGGAGAGGGACAGGGACCAGGACGCAGAGCGGGAGAGGGAACGGAAGAACGAGGGUGGAAAGGAGAAGGAGAAGUGGAAAGACCGGGAGGGAGCGCGCGAGCGAGACAAGGCCCGGGAGCGGGACCAGCAGAGGGUACGGGACGGGGAGCGCUCCAGGGGCCGCGACCGGGAAAAGAGCCGCGAGCGCGAUAAGCCGGAGAAAAGGUCCUCAGGCUCAGGAGAGACGUCUAAAAAGUCAUCAGAUGGAUCUUUCAAAGACUCCAAAGCUGAAACAGAGACUGAGAUUUCCACUAGAGCAUCCAGGUCAGUGACAACAAAGACAUCAAAACGGCGAUCCAAAAAUUCAGUGGAAGGAAGAAGGGAUUCUAGAACCAGUGAAAAUAGUCUCUCCCCUGAAAAAGAAUGUAACUCUUCCUGCAGUAAAGCUAAGAAGGAACGCACCGGGAAGCAGCUCGGAACAGAGGAGGCUAAUAGCAACUCAGCUAGUGCUUCAGAUGCUAAUUCACCUAGUCUGCGGCGAGAAGGUGCUGAGCCAGAACCAGCAGUAAAGCAGAAAGGUGAUUCUCCUAGUGAUGCAGAAGGAGACGUUGGACCUUCUGGCCAGGAGAAGUGUGAGGUGCCGGAGAGUUCCGAGCUGCCAGGCGAGCUCCCAGCCGCCGUCAGGAGGAUACCUCGGCCCGGGAGCGCACGGCCCGCGCCUCCCCGGGUCAGGCGGCAGGAGAGUGUGGAGGUGCCGACGACGGACAGGACAGGAAGUGGUAAAACCAUCUCAAAUGUGAUCGUAGAGUCACAGAAUUCUGACGAUGAGGACGACGAUCAGUUUGUGGUGGAGGCCGCCCCCCAGCUCUCUGAGAUGGCAGAGCUUGAAAUGGUACAAGCGGUGGAAUUAGAAGAUGAGAAGCACGGAGGACUGGUCAAAAAAAUUUUGGAGACUAAGAAAGAUUAUGAGAAGUUGCAGCAGUCACCCAAACCUGGAGAGAAGGAGAAACUGCUCGUCUUUGAGUCGGCGUGGAAGAAGGAGAAGGACAUAGUCUCCAAGGAGAUAGAGAAGCUCCGUGUGUCCAUCCAGACCCUGUGCAGGAGCGCACUUCCCCUGGGCAAGAUCAUGGACUACAUCCAGGAGGACGUGGAUGCCAUGCAGAACGAGUUGCAGCUGUGGCACAGCGAGAACCGGCAGCAUGCUGAGGCCCUGCAGAAGGAGCAGAGCAUCACAGACUGUGCCCUGGAGCCCUUGGAGGCGGAGCUGGCAGAGCUGGAGCAGCUGGUCAGAGACCAGCAGGACAGGAUCUGCGCUGUGAAGGCCAGUAUCCUGAAGAAUGAAGAGAAAAUUCAGAAAAUGAUACAUAGUAUCCAUUGGAGUUCCAGAAGGCUGUUCAGUUCUGUGCCAGAUUCUCCAGCAGGUAAGUGGUGCUGGCACAGCCAGGGAUGCAGGCGUCCGUGAUUUCAGACUCUGAGUCUAGUGACAGAACUUCCGUGAGUCAAGCACUGAGUGAAGGAUGGCUGUACUUUUUGAUAGGAGCUUCAUAAAUACAAAGAAGCCUGAAAAUGCAUGAAUUAUAUUUUUAGCUCAUUUCCACUUGAAAAGGGUUAAUUUCGGCCCAUAUCUUUAUAAGGUACGCACGAACUCUUUGUAAUUGCAUACACGUUAUGUAAUUUUCUUACUGGUCCCUUUUAUCUUUUGCUUAUAUUUCCAGCCCUUAAAGUUCAUACAUUUAAAAAGGAGAUUGGAGUACGGCCUUCAUGGACAUCGUCUGGACAUGAGAUUGUCACAGGCCGUAUCCUCACUUUCCUCAACAUUUUGCCCCUGGGUUUUUGCCACGUGCACACUUCUGUCACUUGCCUCGUUCUCUCCAGAAGAGGGGCUUGCUCUGCAUGGCAUCGGCAUCAUGCCUUUUCCUUCGCACAGGUGUAAGCACCUGUGCGCCUGAGAGACAGGUAGCUUAGGGAAAACUGCAAAAGGAAGACUUAAAAGGAUACAUGGAUUUGCAAACUUUUUAAUGUUAGCAUUUUUUUGGAAAUUGUUUUUUUAAAGCAAAAAUUUUUUUUUAAACAUGGUUUAUAUUUAGUUUUUCACUGCAUAUAAUAUUGUAAAUACUAAAGUCUUCCAUUUGUGUAUAAAGGAUUUCACUGUUUGGAGACAUACUUACGGGUCUUAAGGUCUGGGUCCUGAUACUUUUAUUUCUAGACACUGUAUUUAUUAUGUAACCCAAGGAGGGCCAUUUUAAGUGUUAGAAUUUGCCUGAGAAAGUUUUGUUUCUUUAAAAGACUAGCACAAAUGGCACGGUUAAGUUUUUUCUUAGUGUAAUUUCCAAAUUAAAUCUGUUACAAAGGUAGUUCUAUGAUUUUCGAAGCUGAGUAAGUUCAAGGUCAGAUUAUUAAGAUCUGCCGUCGUGAAACAUUGGUCUUCUUCUCCUUUCUGUAGUUUACCAUAAAAUUCUGUUUGGCGAGGUUCCCCUAAAAGCAGCAUUGGCGGAGGGGAGGUGUAUCAGUCCCCAGUCCUUCACAUGCUCAUCGUCUCUUUUCCACUGACUUGAAUGGCAGCCACCAUCCUAAAGGGAUGGUUAAGGUGUGUCUACCUUUAAUGAAUUUGUACCUAAGACUAGAGAUUUUGUGUUGCAAAAAAUUGCAUAUUGUAUGUGAGUAAAAUUUUGUAUGAAGUAGUCUCUCAAAUUGUAUCAUAAAAUUUAUUUUUCUUUUAUACAUAAAUCAUUAAAAGUAAUCAGAUAUUUUUUCUAUCAGUGUAUGGGUUGUGCAGUUCAGUUCACACCUGGAAAAAAGCAUUUGGAUUUUUUUAGUUUUCAAAUGUGUGCCGUUUGUUUUUCUUUGAAGAAAGUUCAGGGAAAUUUAUAUUUUCACUCAUGGUGACACCCCUUUUCUGUAUAAAUUGAAGUCUUAUAUAAGGCAGGGUAAGCAUAAGCAUUUAUCAGAAAUUUUAAGACCAUUCAGGAAGUUUUAGAAAGUCUCUGCAUGUAGUUAUUACUGUAUCUUAUCACAAACGAAUUAAAUCCUGUUAUUUAUUAUUUUGAUAGAGUACACAAAUGGGAUUCUUAAAUGUUUUUCUCUGCUUUGGCUUGUAAGUUUUCAAGAAGUACUAGAGUCGUACUUCAGAAAUUUUAAUUUAAGGGACUUCCCUGGCGGUCCAGUGGUUAGGACUCCGCACUUCCACCACAGGGGGCACGGGUUCAAUCCCUGGUCGGGGAACUAAGAUCCUGCAUGCCGCGUGGUACGGCCACAAAAAAAAAAAAAAAAAAAAAGAAAAAUUUUAAUUUAAAAGUUGAGCUGACAUAUUUAUAGUUAAAGGAAAUGCAUAAACCUUUGAAAAAAAUAACAAGACUAAAAUUCGAGCUUUCUACUUUGAUAUUCAUGCUUAUUUUUCUUCUCAAUAAGCAACUUAAAAAAUGAUAACUGGAAUCUGUGAAGAGAGAUGAUGUUAUUUAGUGACAAUAUAAGUGCAGUUUAGGAUUGAGGGGGUGGGGGCGGGUCUGGAAUUCUCAGUCUGUUGACAAGUGCCCCUGAAAUAUUCCCGGACUUCUUUUCCAAGCUGCCCUGAACUGACCGGCAUGUGUCUUCUGCUGACUUGCGCAGCCCUGGGGCACACGAGCGAGAGGAGAGGUGGCUGGACCUUUACCAGCUUGGUGUCACCAGUCACAGGCUUAGGACGACCAGUCUGCUCGAGUUCCCACAGGAAUCGGGUUCAGGAUGAGGCCGCACGCAGAACCCUGUGCUCAGGCGGCCGCCCUGAAGGACGGGUUUCCGCACAGACCCAGACCCCCUCCCAGCUCCGGGGUCUUCUGCCCGCUCCCAGGGGGGCAGAGGCAGAGCGCCUCGCUCCUCAUGCCCUCCCGGCCCCCAGGAGCCCACCGCCGAGCUGGGAGGCAGCCCCAGGCCUGUCCGCUCCCGGGCUGAGCUCUCGCCGAGGCGGGGCUGCGUUCGCCUCUGUCCUGUGAUGCAUUUCACUAAUCAGAAGGCCUCAUGUUUUCCUAAAAAGUGUUUGGGUGAGUACAGUUCACACAAGCUCUGCAAGAGGGCGGAAGGAGGCCCCUGGAAGAGUCCCUCCUGCCGCUUAGGUGUGUUUUCAUAAAGGGAGUUGGGGAAGGACUUUUUUUUUUUUUAAUUCAGUGAGAGAAAUUACAUUUAAAUGGCUUUUUAAGCUAUAAUACUAGUGUUUAAGUCCAUAUUUAGAGCUGAGUUCCAGAUUGAUUAUCAGCUUCUUAAACCAAGCAAGUUGGUCUUUCUGGUGAGAAAAUGGGGUUCAGGGACUUCCCUGGCUGUCCAGUGGUCAGGGCCCCGCGCUUGCACUGCCGAGGGCACAGGUUCAGUCCCCGGUCGGGGAACUAAGAUCGCAUAAGCUUCGUGGUGCAGACGCCCCGGCCCCCCCCCAAAAAAAACCCGAAAACGGGGUUCAGAAGGAAGUCAAGGCCUAAGUCACGGAGGCUGUGCCGUCCAGCCGAGGCGGAACCAGGGCUUUGUAAGCGAGUGCGGUGGGUGCGCUCGGGGUGCGAGGUUCCCCGGCAGCCCCGCCCUCCGCCCCCGCCCCGCGGGCUCAGCACGCCCCGCGCGGCCGGCGAGUCAGGGCCGCUCGGAGGACGCUCCGCCCGCACCAGUUUUCGGCCACAGCUUGUCGGCUAAUUCACAGCGUCUGCCCUGUUCCUCUCUGCACUCUCGGACUUUCGUUCUGUUCUCGGAAAAGGCUCUUAGCGUUGCUGUCGCCGUGACGUAACUAACCAAAAGACACUUAGGUCUGCCGUCUACGGUCCCCGUCAAAGCCUGCGCUUCGCCGGGUGAUGGCGGGCAGCGAUCGCGGGCCUCGCUUGCCGGACCCCGGCCUGAACGCCGGGUGCGCGCUGCCUCUUGCGCCCUCCUGUACUUGGGGCGCAACGCGCACCCCCCGGGAGCGGAGCCAUAGCUCUGAUCUGCUCAGGACGUUGGCGGCCGUGCCUCUUCUUGAGGCAUAAUUAUUAAUACAUCCCUUCCCCGCCUGCAGGAGGGUCCCGGUUUGGAUGACAAGUGACCUGCCCCCUCUCGCUCUUUGAUACCUAGGAGUGGUGACACAUGGCCGUGAAGGGGUGACGGGGCCCCUCUGAGCGACAGGGGAGCCGUGUGGGUCCCACUGUCGCCACGGCUCUGCCGCAGGUCAGGGGGCGUUCGUGAUGCGUCUACACUGCAGACAGGUGACAGGGCCUCUGCUUGCCCGGGACGAGACGCGGACGUGUGUCUUGGAUUCAUGACUGUUGCAGGGCCUUCCCCAAAGGCUCCCGUCUGAGCUGGCGUUGCCUGAAGGGAAUCGCAGGGGGCCUGCUGGACGCCCUUCCGGCUGUCUGGAUGGAGCUGCAGGAAGUGGGUCUGUGCCGUGUGCAGCUGGCAUGACCUUGACCGGGCCGGACAGAGGCCCCGGACAACCUGCCCGGGCCGCGGCAAGAUGGGACCAGGCUGACGCUGCCUGGAGAAGAGGGGCGGGAGGAGCCCUGGGGCUCCUGGCACCGCAGUCAGGACGCGAUGGGCGCGUGGAGACGGCCCCCCGCCGGGCGUGCCGUGGGGCAGCGGCACAGCGCGACCUCGGGAGCUGCGCGUGGACGGCAGGGCUGGGCCGUGUUCCCACGGGCCCGGCGUGACACCCGAUGACCGUGUUACGUGGACAUGGCGUUUUAAAAAAGAAGAUGACCGUUAGCUGCUCUCGCGUAUCAGUAUUCUUAGUCAUUCCACAUUUUUCUAUGUGGCAUAACUAUAAUUUGAAAAAUAUGGCUUCCAUAUUUUUAUUUAAAGUGCUUUUUUAAGAAAUAGAUUAUAUAUUAACAUGGAUCAAUAAUCUAAGUGAUGCAAAAGGUCUGCACCGAGCGGUCUCCCCCUUCUCACCCCUGUCUGCCCUGUUUCUUCUUGCCCCUGUAGGCAGCCUCUUUUAUUAGAUUCUCCUUUAUCUCGCUGUUUCUUUAGGGAAACAUGAAUACAUAUUUUUAUACUCCCACAACACACAGCAUCGCGAGAGGUAGAAUGCUAUAUAUAUGCUGUUCUUCAUCUUGGUUUUUAAAAUUUUCCCAAAUCCUGGGGUCUGCACCCUGCCAGUCCCUAGAGGCCAUCGUCAUUCCCUGCAGAGCCGUGCGGAGUGUCCCGAGGACGUGCCCGGUGCGUGCGGCCCAGCUCCCUGUUGCUGGCCUCGGGUGGUUCCCAGCCUUGCGCAGUGACCGACCUUGUUUUGCUUCGUUUCUUACGUGUGCAGGUGUGUCCGUGGAUGGACACCCAGAAGCGAGGUUGCCGGGUUGCUGGGUAGACGCACCGUAAUGUCGACACCUCAGCUUCAAGGCGAUGAUCGUGGGCUGUGCUGUUUGGUCUCCCGCCAGCACAGGUGCAGGCAUGUCUGCUUCGCCACAGCCUUUCCAGCAGCAUAUUGUCAC